AUGAUAUGGUAAUGAGAAAAUAGAGUAAAAACAGCAACAACCUUUUAUGUGAAGAGAUUCUGUUUCCACCUUCACUUAUACUCAAUUUCCUCUUAUUUCUUGUUUCUUUAAUACACUUUUCAAAUUUAUCAUCAUUUCAGUUCUUUUCUCAAAAUUCCUAUUCUUUUUUCUUUCUUCUCUUUGCUCAAAAUAACAUUUUUUUUGCAUCAAUAAGUCAAUUGAAUUUCCAAGAUUCUGCUUACCAUCAACCAAACUUAUCAUCCUUUUCAAAAAAAAAUCUUUCUUUUAUUGAAAAGAUUGAAACUUUCCACUCUGAGAACAAAUUCAGUAAAACAUCCUAUCAUUUUUUUUCUCUCUCACUUUGUUCAAAAUACCAUUUUUUUUCAACAAUAAGUCACUUGUAUUUCCAAGAUUCUUCUUACCCAUCACUCAAAAUCCAUUUUUUUUCAAUAAAAAAUCUUUCUUUUAGGCAAAAGAUUGAAUCUUUUUCUUGUGAGGAUAUUGACAAACAUGUUGAAACAUGGGUUUUUAGUAGUAUUAGCUUUUAUGGGGUAUUGGAUUGAUCAUAAUAUAUGUGUUGAAGGCUUUGGAGUCAAUUGGGGAACAAUGGCCACACACAUGUUGGAACCUAAAAUACUUGUGCAAAUGUUGAGGGACAAUGGUAUUAAGAAAGUGAAGUUGUUUGAUGCAGAUAAAUCCACUAUGGAUGCACUUGCAGGUACUGAUAUUGAAGUUAUGGUUGCGAUUCCCAAUGAUCAACUUCUUACUAUGACUGAUAUUGAUCGAGCUAAAGAUUGGGUCAGACGUAAUGUUACUCGUUACAAUUUCAAAAAUGGUGUCAACAUCAAAUAUGUUGCAGUUGGUAAUGAGCCUUUCUUGACAUCUUACAACAACUCCUUUGUGAACCUAACCUUCCCAGCUCUACAAAACAUCCAAAAUGCACUAAACGAAGCCGGAGUUGGAGACUCCAUAAAAGCAACUGUACCGCUAAAUGCUGAUGUCUAUUUCUCACCAGAGUCUAAUCCUGUACCUUCUGCUGGUAGAUUCCGAACCGAUAUUGCUGAACUAAUGACACAGAUUGUUGAAUUCAUGAGCAAGAAUCAAGCACCCUUUACAGUAAACAUUUACCCUUUUCUAAGUCUUUAUGCCAAUGAACAUUUCCCAAUGGACUUUGCUUUCUUUGAUGGUACUCCCAACCCUGUUCUCGAUAACGGGGUUGAGUACACCAAUGUAUUCGACGCCAACUUUGAUACCCUGUACUCAGCCUUAAAAGCAGUUGGUUAUGGGCACAUGGCCAUCCUAGUCGGAGAAGUCGGUUGGCCUACGGAUGGGGACAAGAAUGCUAACUUAAACAACGCUUAUCGGUUCUAUAAAGGACUAUUUGCAAAACUAGCAUCCAACAGAGGAACACCCCUUAGACCAGGAUACAUUGAAGUGUACUUAUUUGGUCUGAUUGAUGAGGAUGCUAAAAGCAUUGCUCCUGGUAAUUUCGAGCGACACUGGGGAAUUUUUCGAUACGAUGGACAACCAAAGUUUCCUAUGGACAUUUCAGGACAAGGGCAAGAUAAACAUCUUGUUGCUGCUAAAAAUGUGCAAUAUCUACCCAACAGAUGGUGUAUGUUAAAUCCAAAUGCUAAAGAUUUGAGCAAACUUGCUAACAAUAUUGACUAUGCAUGUACAUUUUCAGAUUGUACAUCAUUAGGAUAUGGUUCUUCUUGCAAUAAUUUGGAUGCUAUUGGAAAUGCAUCAUAUGCAUUUAAUAUGUAUUAUCAAGUUCAAAAUCAAUUGGAUUUGAGUUGUGAUUUUGAAGGACUUGCGAUGGUGACUAACAAGAAUUUAUCUCAAGGGACUUGUAAUUUUAUUAUUCAGACAGGUAAAUAUUCUUUUUCUAACAAGGUUUUGCCAGGGAUUGUUGUAUUAUUAAGUGGCUUCACAUUUCUUUUAUUGUAGAUAUAUGUGUCUAUAGAAUAUACAUAAAUUUACAAAUGUGUUGUUUUUGAUACAUUUGUUUGAGGGAUUGUAUUCAAAGACUAUAUUGAGUAUUACACACUUUAAUAAAAGCUCACAAUUUGUAUUUAUUUA